ACAACACCACCACUGGCAAACGCUCGAGCAAACCGCUCUCGGCACACACCACCACGGUGCCGCCAACACAACGCAGUGCAGGUUGACCAAAUGUCGCCGGAGCCUCCGCACGGAUGGUGCAGCCGCCGCCACCGCGUCACGGCACACACGCCGCGGCCGGCGUCGCCGCCGCGCACUGAACGCCAGUGCCGCCGGCGCCGCCGCGCACCGGACGCCGGUGCCGCCAGCGCCGCCGACCCCAAACAGCCGCGGGAGCCGCCGCCGCCGCUCCACGAUGCGGGCAGGCCCCGAAAGGAGCCACCACCGCUGCUUCACAGGCCGCGGCCGGCGUCGCCACCGCGCCCCGCCACGCGGGCACCGCCGCCCCCGCCCCCCUUCGCGCCGAGGCCCGAGGAGGAAGAUCCGGCGGUGAAGGGCACGGAUCCGGCGGCGUAGGGCGCGGAUCCGGCCGCCCGGGAGGCGGAACCGGCCGCGGAGCGCCGGAGCCGGCCACCACCGCCAUGGACGCCGAGCUACCAAGAGAGGACGAGGGGGAGGGAAGGAGGAGCCCCGCCGCCUUCCUUGCAGCCGCACGGGCUUCCGGCGACCGCUCAGGCGGCGGCGAGACGGGCAGGGGCGCGGCCUGGGGGGGCGGCGGCGCUCGGGCUGGUUCCGCCCGAGCCGCCCCAGGGGAGCGAUGCGGACGGGAGGAAGCGUUUUGUUUUCCCGAAUUGGAUAUUGCAAUUGUGAAGGCAACCAACCAUGUAGAAUGCCCUCCCAAGGAACGGCAUGUCAGAAAAAUAUUCAUCGCAACCUCAGCAAAUCGCCCUCGCGCAGACGUCACAUACUGCAUAUAUGCAUUGUCAAGAAGAAUGUCCAAGACAAAGAACUGGAUAGUUAAAUUGAAGACAUUAAUAGUGGUACAUAGGCUUCUGAGAGAAGGUGAUCCCACAUUCAAAGAAGAGUUCCUGGCCUACACAUGCAGGGGAAACAUUUUGCAUAUGGCAAAUUUCAAGGAUGACUCUAGCCAAUUAGCCUGGGAUUGCUCCGCAUGGGUUCGCACCUAUGCGCUAUUCCUGGAGGAACGGCUUGAGUGCUUUAGGGUUCUCAAAUACGACAUCGAAACUGAGCGCCUCAUGAAAUCGCCCCAGUGUUCUACCAAGGGACAUAGUAAAACCAGGACCCUACCUUGCCCAGAUCUUUUGGAGCAGUUGCCUGCACUGCAGCAGCUGCUUUUCAGGGUUGUUGGAGUCCAGCCGGAAGGUUCUGCCUGGUCAAACUACCUCAUUCAGUACGCACUAGCCCUGGUUGUGAAGGAGAGCUUCAAGAUCUACUGUGCAAUUAAUGAUGGCAUCAUCAACCUUGUUGAUAUGUUCUUCGAUAUGCCAAAGUAUGAUGCUAUCAAGGCUCUGACUAUUUACAAACGAGCUGGCCUGCAGGCAGAAAACCUUGCUGAGUUCUAUGAAUUCUGCAAACUGCUUGAGCUGGCCAGGACAUUCCAAUUUCCUACUCUCAGGCAGCCACCCCCCUCAUUCCUUGCAACAAUGGAAGAGUACAUCAGAGAAGCACCCCGCCCCUCAGUCAAGAGUGUGGAGAGUGAGGAACCAAAGCUACUGACUUAUGACAAAGAAGCUCCACAGGAACCUGAAAAGCCAGCAGAAGAGGAGAAAGAAGAACCUGAACAAGAACCAGAAUCUCAAGCUGAGCCUGAACUAGAACCCCAGCCACAGCAAACAACUGGAGAUCUCCUAAACCUGGAUGCAGAGGUCAACCCUUCGGUUAUGGAACUCGAAGAAUGCAAUGCAUUGGCACUUGCCAUUGUAGCUCCAGGUGACCAAAACAAGGCGUCAACAUCUCAAAAUCUGUUUGAUGGAAGCUCAUCGGGGUGGGAGUUGGCACUUGUCACCGCUCCAAGCACCAAUAUAAGCCAGCCAGUUAAGACCAACUUGGCUGGAGGCUUUGACAAGCUGUUACUCGACAGCCUCUACGAAGACGAGGCAAGGAGGCAGCAGAUCGCCAGUGUGACCUACGCUGGCAGCCUUGGAACAGCCAACCCUUUCGACGCCAAUGCCAAUGGCCCGUUCGCCAUGUCCAGCAGCUUCGCACCACCAUCUAAUGUGCAGUUGGCACUGAUGAACCAGCAGCAACAGCAGUACUACCAGGUGCAGCAGCAGUAUUUCCAGCCACAGCAGCAUCAGUAUUUUCAGCAGCAACAACAGAUAAUGGCGAUGCCGACACCAAACAUGUACCACCACCAAUAUCAGUAUGCUGCGCCUCCCUCCAGAGCUCCAAAUCCAUUUGGUGAUCCUUUCAGCGACCUUGUAGCGGUGGGUGCUCCUGGAAAACAGGGCAACUCAAGCUUUGUCUGAACUGGUUGCUACUUCUGACCAUUCUAACUUGAGUAGAGCAGCAAACCUGUACAGCAUGAGUUCCUCUGCUGAGUGAAGAUGUUGUAUAUUAAUGCUUUCUUUUGCAAUAUCCACAUUUUCGAAGAUAACAUGAUUGGUACCAGUUCUAUAGUGCUUUCUUCACUA